AACCAUGGCCAGCCAAACCAAUAACACCAUUAGGGCUAUUGACAAGGAAUCUGUCCACAGGAUAUGCUCAGGACAGGUCGUCCUUGAUAUGGCUACGGCAGUCAAGGAGCUCCUGGAGAACAGUCUCGAUGCAGGAUCAACUUCUGUUGCUAUCAAGUUCAAGCAAAAUGGUCUCGAGAGCAUCACUGUUACGGACAAUGGAUGUGGAAUUACAGAUGCAAAUCUCGAGACGCUUGCAUUGAAACAUUACACCUCAAAGCUGCAGUCCUUUAAUGACUUGGCACAUGUUCGCUCAUUUGGUUUCCGAGGAGAGGCUCUGUCAUCUCUUUGCGCACUUGCAAAUCUCACUGUUACAACAUCUACUGGAUCAUCGCCUACUGGUGUCUUGGUUGAAUACACCUCAGAUGGAACUAUCAAGUCAAAAACACCGACUCCGAUGACUAGAGGAACGAUUGUCAAGAUCUCCAAUCUCUUCGAAGGCAUGCCCGUCCGCAGAAGCGAAUUUGUCAAAAACAUAAAGCGAGAGUACGCCAAGUGUAUCGGGCUCGUCCAGGCUUAUGCAUUGAUCGUCCCCAAUGUCAGGAUCAGCUGCGUUUUGCAAAUGGAUAAAAUGUCUGCCGUGACACAGAUUGCAACCAUUGGCAAUGCAUCUGUUCGACAGAAUAUUAUCAACGUAUUUGGACCUAAGGCUAUGGCUGAUGUCAUUGAAUUUGAUCUAUGUCUUGUCGAAGGAAUAUCGGCAGCGAGCAUGGGAGCCAUGGUAAAGGCUGAGAAUGAAAAUAAUGAGGACGAAGGAGAACUCGACUCAAAAGGAGAUAUUAAAUUGACUGGAUUCAUAUCCUCGCCAGCCUUUGGCAAAGGAAGGUCUUCAACUGACCGACAAUAUUUUUAUAUUAACGGUCGGCCCUGCACUCUUCCUAAGCUUGCUCGUGUCAUCAACGAAGUCUACCGCUCAUUCAACACCAAUCAAAGCCCUUUUUUGGUUGCAAAUCUUAUUCUGCCCACGUCUUACUACGAUGUCAACGUUAGUCCAGACAAAAGGACUAUCUUUUUGCAUAAUGAACGUAUGAUUAUUGAGGAGCUUCGUACAAAACUCACGGAACUUUUUGAACCCAGCCGAUCAACAUUCGCAGUUAGUCAAGCAAGGCAGCUCAUCAAGGAACCGGAUCUUGCAGUGAGAUUACGUUCCAAACCUUCUGGAGAUAAAGGCAGCAUACCGAACGAGGCACUAGAAGUAGAGAAUGAUGCAAGAGAGAAUGAAGGCGAGUAUAGGCUGAAACAUCACUCAAAGGCUCUCUCUAUAGAGCCCAUUACACCACCUUCACUCCCGCCCUCCCAUUUGUCUGUUCAGGGAAAAUUGGACUUCAUAGACAAAACUAAUAAUAGACAGUCAACACUCACAGGACGGAAUUUCCUUGUCCAACGCUCUGAGAAUUUAAAGCGUAAAGCUGAAGAUCUUGACCCAGCUACAGAUAACGAGAUUACUCGUAAUGGAAAUGACCAGAUGAUUCGUGAAUUAGUGACAAAGCAAGGAGCUAUGGAAGAAUCAUCGUCGAUCUUAGGUACCAAUAAUAUUGUUGAGAACACAACACCUCAUUCGAAUGAUUCCUCCAGACUAAGUGUGCACCCGGCCUCUUCAAUAAAUGUGCUGGAAGAAUAUGAUCCAUUAAAUGACGAGACACGCCUAGAUGAAGAAAGCAUAAGCGAUAGUGAGAAAGAGCAAGAGCUUGUUCCUCAGCAACGGCCUCAAAAACAACGACAGCGUGUCGUAGUCAUAGAUUCUGCGGUGCAACAGGAUGACCAGCGGGAGUGGAUAGAGAUAGGAUUCGAUAUAGACGAGCAGAAAAAGAAAAAGGCGCAACGGAUCAAUAUCAUACGUCAAGUACGCCGCUCAGAACAGGAGUGGAAGGAGUUGAGGAAAGAUCAUGCGCAAAAGAAACAGAUGGAAUCUGCACAUGAUGACGUGGAAGAAGUCGGUGAAGAAACACAUAGUGCAAAGCUUCGAAGAAGUCGUCGGUUAAGAAAUCAAAAGCUGUCAGAUGCCAGUUUUGCAAACAUGGAUGAUGCCAAAGCUCAAACAUCUUUGAGCCGCGUCAUCGCAAAGGGAGAUUUUGCGCGCAUGAAGAUUCUCGGACAGUUCAACAAAGCCUUUAUCGUUGCUCGUCUGGACAACUAUGCCCCUGCCGAAGAGGAUCAAGGAAAUCCAAAAUCAUCUACGAUCAGAGGAGCCAGGCAGCGACACAGAGAAGAACUGAUUAGUUCUGAUAUUUUUGUGAUUGACCAGCAUGCUUCAGAUGAGAAAUACAACUUUGAGACACUACAAGCGAAGACGAUAUUCUCAACACAGCGGCUUCUCCAGCCCAAGGAGCUAUAUCUGACAGCACAGGAGGAGAUUACAGUUGUAGAGCAUAUGAAGAUGUUGAACAAGAAUGGCUUUUAUCUUGAACACAACCCCGAUGCGCCCGUGAGUCACCGAUUGAAGCUACUCACGCUGCCUGUAAGUGAGAAAGUUGUGUUUGGUUUCCAGGACUUUGAGGAGCUUGUGUUCUUGCUGUCUCAACAGACAGCGCUACCCGAAGCCGUGGAAAAAAAUAGCAACGAAAGUAUUGAUCAGAAUGAGCAUCGACAGUCCAUUAACAUACAGCAAAACAAUGGAUCAACCUCAGAAAAAAUGGUUCGUUGCUCCAAAGUACGUGCUCUAUUUGCGUCUCGUGCUUGCAGAAGAUCGGUUAUGAUUGGUCACGUCCUGAACCAUAGCCAGAUGAAGAGAAUUGUGCGACAUAUGGGUGAAAUUGAUCAGCCUUGGAAUUGCCCUCAUGGUCGACCGACAAUGAGGCAUCUCAUGGACCUUGCGGAGCUAGGGCAACAAGAACAGCUAGAACGACUGCGUCUGGAUAGUAUGUAUAAAGAGAAUCGUGAAAGAAAUGACGACAAAGAGAAAAACGAGCUGUGGCGUGGAAGAGGAUUAAGUGCAUUUGAACCAAUAGCCUUGAAAAGACCAACGCAACAUCGAGGAAGCCUUUUCCGGCAGUUCAUGGCCAUGCCAGCUCGUGUACAUUCUCAUGAAAACCUGUAAAUUAAAAUAUAUAUACAUAGAUACAUUCCUUUGUUUAUAAUGUAAAAUAU